AUGGAGCAGCACGAGCAGCAACAACCCCUUUCUGCCGGUCAGGGAUCGGCAGAAAUAUCAGAUAUAGCUCCUAAGAAAGGCUGGGCCACCAUCUUGAAGGGCGCCGCGGGGACAGCCACCAGCGUCGAGCCCGGGGCGCCCUCCGCAGCCAAGGCAAACGUGGACAAGGAACUCGGAAGCAUUGCGAGCGCAAAGGCCACCCUCAGCGCGGCUGCUCUUGGCGAAAGUGCUGUCGUCGGAUGCGGCAAGGCCCCGUACACCAGCCAACAGAUCACGGAGAAGCAGGAUAUCAAAGAUCCCAGCGAUCAUGGCGGCUCUGAGACCGGCACAGCCUCGGGCGCGGCAGGCACCAGCAGCGGUAGGGACGGAAUCGGCGGCGGUGGCGGCGCAAUUGACGUGGCUGGCGAAGGCGGCAGCGACGGCCCCAAUGGCGACUCCAAGGAGACUCCAAAACAGUCCAAGCCCGCCUGGAAGAAG